AUGAAUUUAUCAGCUAUAAAUGUAACUCAAUCAGUAGAUUCUUUAUCUUUACCAAGUUCACCGGAACUAUUAAAUACUAAUACAUUAAUAACAACAACUAAUAAUCAUACUAUCAAUUCAAAUUUAUCAUCAACAAUUGAAGUAAAUACUAAAUUAAAUGGUAAUGAAUUAAAAUCAACUUCGAAUCUAUAUCAUUCUCAUCCUCAACAACAUCAACAUCAUCAUCGUCAUCAUAAUCAUCACUAUCAUCAACAACAACAACAACAUCAUUAUCAUUUAAAUUAUCAACAACCAAAUCAUGAAAUAACAUUAUCAUCUACACCAUCAACAACAACAUCACCAUCAUCAUCAUCGUCAUCAGCAUCGCCAUCAUCAUCAUCAUCGGUUCCGUCAAUGUCAACAUCAAAUGGUAUAUUAUCAAUGAAUCAGUUGACUAAUUCAUUAUAUUUUCCAUUUACAUCUAAUAUUAUAUUACAAGAAUCUAUUAAUUUAAUCUAUUCAACAUGUUUAAAUAUAUUUGAUAAAAGAUUGAAUGAUGAAUUAAAUAAAUUUAAUCAAAAAUAUGAAUUCUUAUUAAAUGAAUGUAAUGAAAGUCGUAUACGUUUAAAUAAAUUAGAAAAUAUUAUACAAUUAUAUGAAGAGAAAUAUCAUAAAAUGAAUAUACCCUCCCUCUUGUUACCCUCAUCGUCGUUACCCUCUUCCUCCUCGAUACCCUCCUCAUCCUCAACCUCACCAUCCUCCUUAUCCUCAUCAUCAUAUUAUUAUUUAUAUAAUUCAUUAAAAUCACAACAAUUCAAUGAAUCCAUUGAUAAUCAUAUUAUGAAUACAUUAAAAAAUAUUGAUCAUAAAUGGUUAAUAAAUUGGAAAAAUUAUGAAGAUUAUUCAAAUAAUAAACAGAAUCAUUUUUUGGCGCCUAAAACAACAUCAGGAUUAGAUGAACAACAACAACAGCAAGAACAACAACGGCAGCAAGAACAACAAUCCUUACAAAAAAUGAAUAAAAUGAAAGAGAAUCAUCUAGAAUUUGAUUUAAAUCAUCUAUCCAAUACAUCAAUGAAUGAUAAUGCAAAUCCUCAAUCUAAUUUCUUUAAUGAAUCUAAUCUAAGUCGAUUACAUAAUAAUAAUAAUAAUAAUAAUAAUAAUAAUAAUAAUUUUUGUAAUUUCGACAAUCUAUUACCAUCAUCAUUAACAUUAAAUAAUCAACAUUUAUUAUGGAAUCAAUGGAUGGCUAAUUUUAUUACUACUAAUCAUUGUAUAAAUUCUAUUAAUGGACUAUUAUCAUCAUCAUCGUCAUCAUCAUUACCGUCAUCAUCAUCACCAUCACAUACAAUAUUGAAUAAUUUGGAAAAAAUUAAUAAUUUCACUACAUCAAAUAUAGAAUCUAUGGAAGGAAAUCAACACAAAUCCUCUCGAUUGUAUUCACCAAUGUUUUUGUCAAGUUCAGAAUAUAAUCCAAAUGAUUUGUUGAAUUCUAAUCGUAAAUCGUCCUCUUUAUCAUCAUCAACUUCACCAACAGUAAUGCCAAUAUCAUCAUCAUCUUCUCUACGUUUUCGUGGUAAUAAAUUUGGACGUCUUAAAACAAAAUCUUUAAACCUCAAUAGAUAUCCACAAAAUUAUUCACUAUCUAAUAAUCGUUUACAUUUAUGUAAUAAACCAAAUCAUUUCAAUUCAAUAAUGGCAACAUCUGCAUUGAAAACUAUUCGUAGAUCAACAAUAAAUUUUCCUAAUUCUCAUUGGUCGAACCUGUCAUUAGGAUCACAAAUUACGACAUCGUCAGCAUCAUCGCCAACAUAUUCAUCAAUAAUAGAUCAAAAAUUAAAGUCAAAUUUCUUAACUGAUCUACAAUUUCCUGAAACCAAUAUAAACGAUACUAAUGGAUUACUGUCUUCUUCUGUAUCAAACUUACGUGGAAAUCAUCAGCAUAAUAAUAAUAACAAUACGAGUAAUAAUUUAAUUGAUCGUCCAGUAGUUGUAUUAAAUCCUGAUGAACCACGUGAAAUAUUUAUUGGUGGUGUACAAUCUGUUGCAUUACCAUUAUGGGCAUAUUGUAAAUGUUUAACAAUGGUACGUGGUGAACCACAUGAAUUAGGACCACGUUUAUGUUUACGUCUAUUACAAAGUUUAUUUAGUUUACAUUAUUUAGUUACACAUAAUUAUAAUGGUUCCGGAGGUAAAGCACCAAUUGAUCCAAUUGUAAUGAGUGCUGUAUUACGUCAAGCACAAUUACAAUUUGGUUCAGGAUAUUUUUUUACCGAACCAAUGGCUUUAGGUAAAUUAAGAGAUUAUUUAAAUAAUGCUUUUCGUGUUAUGGCAUUUAGACAACGUAAAGGUGAACGUGUAAGAUCACCAUUUUGGAAUGAAAAAGGUGAACCAAUACAUGAUUUAGAAGCACCAGUAGAAUUUUCAAAUAUUACUGAUAUUAUUGUUAUACCACAUUCAGUUAAUACUAUUACACCUAGUACUACUACUUCUACUAAUGUUAUUACAGCUACAACAACUUUGUCAACAACCACAACAAUGUCAAAUGAAUCUGAUUUGAAUAUGAAUUCAAGAUGAAUAGUUAUUAGAGAAGAUAUCUUUACUAUCGUAAUUUCAUUCUUUCAUAAAAUGAUUCUUUGAAAGUAUGAGUACUAUGUAUAUUUUUGUUUACUUCAGUAAAACAACUCAAUAAUAUACACUUGAACAAUAUUAGCUACAUUGUGUAUACAAACAUUGAACAAUUCAUUGUUCAAUAAUUAAUUUAAAACAACGAGAAAAUAUUUAAAAAAACAACCAGGGGGUGGGAUUAAGCGAAUUCAACACAAAUGUACUUUUUGUUACUAUUGAAACUAUAUUCAACUUUUGUAACCAAUUAAUUCAUAAUACAAUAAAUACAUAUUAAUUCAGUAAAACAAAGAAAACGGAGGGAUAUUCAAAAAAGAUCAUUACGAUGAACAAAAGAGAGAGAUUCUAUUACCUGUAUUUAAUCAUACUAUUAUAGUUACUUAGUUUCAUACUAUUUUGUUUUGAUUGCCAAGUAUAAUGUAUUGAAAUUAUUAAAUUUAUACAAACAAUUUAGUCUUGCGUAAAUUACAACUUGUAACUGUCUUGUGUGUUGAUUUAUUUUCUCCUAAUAUUGUUUUGCCAAAUUAAAGACAAGCAUUUUAUGGUUCUAUACCUAUACCUAUAUAGGUACUGGUGAAAACAGCAUUACAAUGAUAAAUACAAAAAUAAUUAAUUAAUUACUUUGAUUUCUAUCAGUGAUAAGAUUAAUGUUUGUCUACUAUUGUGAACAUAUUGAAUGUAAAUGGUUGUUGUUUUUUUGUUCAUUCUCAGAAGGAGUGGUUAUUGAAUGUCAUAUAAUAAUCUUUUGAUGUGAGAAAUAUCUAUGCCAGAAUUUAUUACAUUAGAUGGUUAAUAUAGACCGUAUCACAAUAUGACAGAUACUUCAAAAAUAAUUUUGAAAGAGAUAAUAUUGAAAAGCGGUUGUAUAAAAGAGAAGAUAAGACUAUACAUAUAUAUUGCAUUAAUCCAUAGUACUAACGUCAUUAUCAUCAUCAUCAUUGUUCUAAUUAUAAACAUUCCAUAAAUAUCAUCAUUAACAUAAUAAGUUAUCCAAGAGAAGAAAGAUACAAGUAGAUGAAUUUAUCAUUAGAAGAUUCCAUCAUCAAAUAGUUUACUAUACAGUAAAGAUAUAAUAAUUGAUGAAGUAAAGAUGAUUAGGGAGAGAAAAGAAAAGGCGGAAUUCAUAGACAAAAGAAACGUUCCCAGAAAAAAGGUAUAUAUAUACAUGUAACAAUGAUAUUAACAAUUAGAAAUUAUAAAUUAAUUAUUUAUACGAAUGAUUUAUUGAAUAAACAAUAAAAAUAUGAUUUCAAAUAUGUUGGUCUACUAAAAAUUUAUAAUGUAGAUAGGUGAUUUAUAAAAGAAUUAUUUCAUUUGAAGUAAGUUUUUAUAAUCAACUGAAGUCAAUUGGAGAAUUGAAUGUUAAUGAGGUCACAAUCUAACCUAAGCUAAACA